CUUGGCUUUUGUUUACUUUGGUCUAUGGCUUGUGUUUGGUAAAACGCAACACCAUCUACUCAGGCACAAAACCUAUUCAUUCCUUUCGCUGCACAAUAAGGACUUUGAAGUCUGCAGUCUUGGAUGUGGAGUUGAAAUGCUAAGUAGGUCCAGCUGUAUGCCUGCUUUAUUCUGAUUGGUUAUGUAAUUGUAGGCUUAUUUAAUUCAUGUUAUUUUAGAUCAUUGUAAUACUUAAAAGAGUGUUUAUAGAUUGUGAUUCUUGAUAAAAUGGUACCCUCGGGGCCGCCUACUCCAAUUGGUGGUGCCCAAUCUGUUUCUCCUUCACUUUUGAGAUCAAAUUCGGGGAUGCUGGGAGCUCAAGGAGGUUCUCUGUCUUCUCAAACUGCAUUCCCUUCAUUAGUUUCCCCACGUACUCAGUUUAAUAAUAUGAAUAUGCUCGGAAAUGUACCCAAUGUCUCCUCCUUCCUCAAUCAGUCUUUUGGAAAUGGGGGUCCAAAUCCAGGGCUUUCUGGUCCAGGGAGUAGCCAGCGUGGAGCUAUUGAUAGCGGGGCUGAAACAGAUCCACUUUCAGAUGUUGGUAGUGGAAUGGGUUUCAAUGCUCCUCCAUCUUCAUUUGUGCCUUCUAAUAUGGUGAAUCCUGGUCCAUCUGGUCAAGUUCAGGGACAGCAAUUUUCAAACCCUUCUGGCAACCAGUUGUUGCCAGAUCAACAGCAAUCCCAACAACUUGAAGCACAGAGUUUCCAGCAUGGUCAGCAACAAAUGCAACAGUUCUCUGCCCCUCAUAAUACACAGCAGGUGCAGCAGCAGCAUCAAUUUCCACAAAUUCGAGGAGGAAUAGGUGGCGUUGGGCCUGUCAAGUUGGAGCCUCAGGUAGCAAAUGAUCAACAUGGAGGACAACAGCAGCAGGCACAGCAGCUGCAGUCAUUGAGAGGUCUUGGUCCUGUCAAAUUGGAACCACAACAAAUGCAGUCUAUUAGAAAUUUAGCGCCGGUAAAGUUGGAACCUCAACAUUCAGAUCAGUCAUUGUUUCUACAUCAGCAGCAGCAACAGCAACAACAGCAACAGCAACAGCAACAACAGCAGUUCCUUCACAUGUCAAGGCAGACUUCACAAGCUGCUGCUGCACAAUUGAAUCUUUUCAAUCAGCAAAGAUUACUGCAGAUACAUCAGCAACAGCAACUUCUGAAAGCAAUGCCACAGCAACGGCCACAGUUACCACAGCAAUUUCAGCAGCAGAAUUUGCCUCUAAGAUCUCCUGUGAAACCAGUGUAUGAACCUGGGAUGUGUGCUCGUCGGCUCACACAUUACAUGUAUCAGCAACAGCACAGACCAGAAGACAACAAUAUUGAAUUCUGGAGAAAAUUUGUGGCUGAAUAUUUUGCCCCGCAUGCAAAAAAGAGGUGGUGUGUUUCUAUGUAUGGAAGUGGCCGACAAACAACUGGAGUUUUCCCUCAGGACGUAUGGCACUGCGAGAUUUGCAAUCACAAGCCAGGCCGUGGCUUUGAGGCUACUGUUGAGGUUCUUCCCCGGCUUUUCAAAAUCAAAUAUGAAAGUGGUACUUUGGAAGAGCUUCUUUAUGUGGAUAUGCCACGUGAAUAUCAGAACUCGUCUGGUCAAAUUGUCUUGGAUUAUGCAAAAGCAAUACAGGAAAGUGUUUUUGAGCAACUUCGUGUUGUUCGUGAUGGGCAACUGCGGAUAGUCUUCUCUCCAGACUUGAAGAUAUGCUCUUGGGAGUUUUGUGCUCGGCGUCAUGAAGAACUUAUUCCUCGAAGAUUGUUAAUACCACAGGUCAGUCAGCUUGGUGCUGCCGCUCAAAAGUACCAGACUGCUACUCAAAAUUCAUCAUCUAAUUUGUCUGUUCCAGAGUUGCAAACUAAUUGUAAUAUGUUUGUUGCAUCAGCUCGGCAACUUGCAAAAGCUUUGGAGGUUCCGCUGGUAAAUGAUUUGGGAUAUACAAAGAGAUAUGUGAGGUGCCUGCAGAUAUCUGAAGUGGUUAACAGUAUGAAAGAUUUAAUUGAUUACAGUCGAGAAACAGGGACUGGACCUAUGGAGAGUUUGGCAAAGUUCCCUCGGAGGACUAGCACUUCAUCUGGGUUUCAUAGUCAAGCUCAACAACCUGAAGAACAGCUACAACAGCAACAGCAACAGCAACAAGCAAUGCCCCAGAACUCAAACAGUGAUCAAAGCUCUGUCCAGGCCGGUGGAAUCCAAAUUGCUGCUAGCAAUGCAAUGUCUAGUGUAAAUAACUCCCUCAGCACAGCACCUGCAUCUAGUUCUGCAAGUGCUAUUGUUGGGCUUCUCCACCAGAAUUCUAUGAAUUCAAGACAUCAAAAUUCUAUGAAUAACGCUAGCAGUCCCUAUGGAGGAAAUUCUGUUCAGAUUCCAUCACCUGGUUCCUCCAGCACGAUGCCUCAGGCACAACCUAAUCCUUCUCCUUUCCAAUCACCGACACCCUCGUCUAAUAAUCCUACACAAACAUCUCAUGGUGCCUUAACAGCUGCAAAUCACAUUAACUCUACAAACUCACCAGCAAAUAUUCCCUUACAACAGCCUGCUCUUUCUGGCGAUGCUGACCACAGUGAUUCUCAAAGUUCCGUUCAAAAAAUACUCCAUGAAAUGAUGAUGUCCAACCAACUUAAUGGCACUGGUGGUAUGGUUAGUGUUGGUUCUUUGGGGAGUGAUAUGAAAAAUGUUAAUGGGAUUUUGCCAACAAGUAACAACACAGUUCUCAAUGGGGGAAAUGGCCUGGUGGGAAAUGGGAUGGUCAAUAAUUCUGGGAUGGGGGGUGGUGGAUUUGGCAACAUGGGCAGUGGACUUGGGCAAGCUGCCAUGGUCAAUGGAAUUAGAGCUGCAAUGGGUAAUAACUCUGUGAUAAAUGGACGUGUGAGUAUGCCAUCGAUGGUUCGAGACCAAAGCAUGAAUCAUCAACAGGAUUUGGGCAACCACCUGCUUAGUGGGCUGGGAGCAGUUAAUGGAUUUAAUAAUCUGCCAUUUGAUUGGAAACCAUCCCCUUGAAGGUUCUAUCAAUGAUACUGAUGUCUCAGUCCUUGAUUGUAGCUGCUUGUGCAGCAUGAGUGUGGGCAGAAUUUCGUGCAGCCCUGUGAAGAUGAUGACAUUACACGAAGGAAUAGUUUGAGGGCUAACUUCCCACUUUGUACUAAUUUCAGGAAAAAGUAAAACAUAUAGCAUAGUGUUCUAUCAAUGAAAUGUUAAAUCUUCUUCGAGUUGCUUCAUUUUCUUCUAAUUGUUUUCUUGAUUUAUGAUUCAAUACAGCCUCUUUUCUCA